AUUUCGUCCAGGCGCGGUGCAUGGAUUGCAAUGGCGAAUUAAUACUGUUUUUUCAAAUUUAAGAGACAUGUCUUCCAUUUAUUAUUAAAUAGUCCGUUCUGUUAAUUUUUGAACGUAUUAUCGACAAAAGCGAAACACAGGACCAUGGCUUAUUACGUGUGUAUAAAACCAGCUCAACUAAGCUUGAUGCGCGCGAGCAAUGUGCUUUUGCACUGUUUAAAGCAAAUUAGAACGAAUACUUUGAGCCAAAGCUCGUCUGCGUUAUACUUUGUUAGCAACGGCAAGGGCAAGUCCUUGAUUCUCAGCGGCUCGCGCUGCCCCCCGUGCAGAUUUAUCUCAUCUGGCCAUAGUGUGCGAAGUGAACGGAACCCACACAACAGGAACGAGCAAGCCGGGCAGUUGACGACCCGGAGGAGUCCGAGCGAAGCGCCCACGGUGUCCACGGCUCAGAAAGUGAAAGAAGCUGGAAAAGACUUUACUUAUUUAAUAGUUAUACUUGUUGGACUUGGAGUAACAGGUGGAUUGUUUUAUGUUGUCUUCAAGGAAUUGUUUUCAUCAUCAAGUCCCAGCAAAAUUUAUGGAGUGGCAUUAGAGAAAUGCAGGGCUCAUCCUGAGGUUAUUGGAGUAUUUGGAGAGCCGAUAAAAGGGUAUGGAGAGACAACUCGUCGUGGUAGAAGGCAGCAUGUCAGCCAUGUUGAAUAUAUGAAAGAUGGAGUCAAGCAUAUGAGACUGAAGUUUUACAUUCAAGGAUCAGAGCCUAGAGUUGAAGGAACAGUACAUUUAGAAGUUAAAGAGAAUCCAACAAGUGGAAAAUUUGAAUUUUGCUUUAUUUUUGUGGAUAUUGACACAUACCCAAGAAGGUCCAUUGUCAUUGAAGACAACAGAUGAGCUAAUGAAGGAGACAGGUUUUGCUUUAACUGCUUUACUGCCAAAUGUACUGUCAUCAUGGUAAAAUUGUACUCCACUCAGUGUCCUUGAUUAUAAUUUACAAAUGAAAAUUUACUUUUUUUUUUCUUAAACGGAACUAGAAAUUGUAUUGAACAGUAGAAUAAUGAAUAUUACAGUAAAAACAAAGUAAUUUUUUUUGCUGUGGGUUGAACAGAAAAAAACGUAUAAAUGAAUACUAUUUUCCUAAACGGAGAUGGGAAAAUGCAAAACUCAAAACUAGUGCAAACUUAUCAUGUACUGGAACUCCAGAGAUGAUGUGGUUUUCACUUAACAAGUCAGAGAUUGUUUUUACUAAUUGAGAAGAUUAAAGUUUGAAUUAAAAGAGCAUUUUUAAAAUCCGUGCUGAAAUGAAUUUCUAUCGAUUUGUAACAGUUUUCCAGUGCAUUAAAAGUGUCAAACAUACAGUACAUACUACUUCAGAGUGUCAUUCUUGUAAUUGUGUGAUGUAAAUGUAACGUGAAGGGGGUGGGGGUGGUGAAGCUAGUGUUUCUCUGACAGAUGAAGACAAGCUUAGUCAGUCACUUUCUAAUAUAAGUGAUGGAUAUCUUAAAUGGAAAUGUACAUUUUUUGGCCAUUUAUUUGUUUUCCAAGUCAGUUUAUCCCAACACAGGAUCACAGGGUAUUGAAGCCUAUCCUGCUGGUACUGUUUACAAGUCAAAAAUAACCCUGACUGAGGCACAAGUCCUCCACAGUAUGCAGUCACUUAUACAGUGUGUUUGAGAUGUGGGUUUUCGUCUGUGAUCUGUCAAUUUUGCUGUUGAAUAGCCUAUUUAAUCAUUGUAAUAAUAAUAACAAUACAUUUUAUUUAUAUAGUGCCUUUCCCAUGCUCCCACACUUUCUGACUUUUCUUGCAUGAGUUUUGUUGUGUUGUAUUUUUUUCCUCAGUAUAUUGAUUCUAAGUUACCAAACUUACAAAAAUAACAGUCUAAAAGACAAUGCUUCACAGACAACCUUUGAGAAGAUUUGUAAAUACACAAUAAUAGUUCCUGUUAAGAAUGCAUUUUGUAAUUGAUUAAAGUGACUAAAUUGUACAACCA